AUCCGCUGGAUUCAUGUUCUCUCUGUUCAGCAUGUUGAACUCAAGACGAGGUGAGAGUGGCUUAAAAAACACUGAAUGAAGGAGAGAAGAAUCUAAAGCACCAGCUGAAUAACUCAAGACUUGGUUUUCUGAGAGGAAAUGCAUAUUCUUGGGACUACAUUGAUUUUUAUUAUAGCCCUCAAGGUCUGUCUAGGUUUCUACCUUCAGACGUCGGAGGUCCAUGCGUAUGUUGGAGAAAGCGUGGUCUUGUCCUGCAACGGUUCAGGGUUCCCCGAGCAGGAGCUGGACGUUCACUGGGAGGCGAUGGGCAAAGACGUGAUCUCUCUGCGAGGAGACGUCGUCACGGUCGGGAGAGGGUUUGAAGAUCGCGUGAACUUCCUCAGAGAUCCGGCAGAGUCUGAGGACUUCUCCCUCAUUCUGUCAGACGUGAUGCUGAACGAUGGAGACGUAUACGAAUGUCUCUGGGAGGGAACAAAACCCAUCUGCUCUGUGUUAGUACAAGUGUUACCUCCACAGGUUUUCACUAAUCAUGUUGAAGUGUUUGAGGGCGUCGAUAUCACUUUGGAGUGCUUUGGGAAUAUCCCUAAAAACAAACCUUGGGAAGACAUUUACAUCCAGUGGUUGAAGGAUGACAAAGAAGUCCUGCGCUUGAGCUCUGGAGAGAUGGACGUCAGUAUUGAUUACAGUAUCCUGAGGUUACCGGCCAAACAUGACAUCAGUCGCGGUAUCUUCUCGCUGAGCAUCCCGUCAGUCAGUGUUUUCGACCAGGGUGUGUAUCAGUGCCGCUACAAGAGCACCGAUUACGAGGCGCCACGGAGCGGAUUCCCGGAGACACACACGCUCACGGUUUCGGUGAUGGAUACACUUGUCACAGACACAGAAAGCGGCUCUGGUAUGUGUUUUGUUUCUGUUUGA